ACAUACAUACUUUGAUCCGAGCUGUUGGUGAUGCCGCCGUGUGAAUGUCAAAGAAAUACUUCGUUUGUUGACGUUGACGUUGUGGAAGACGCGAGCGGUGGAAGUGCGUGAUAGUACAUAAUCGAUGUGUGGAAGGAAUUUUGACAGUAGGAGAACAAGACAGUCAGUUUGAUGGUCUGAUGAAAGGACGUACACUGAAACCUGAAAAUUGUCAGUUAUGACAUCCUGCUGGAUUUAAUAUGGAAGGAGUUCUUUGGAAGUGGACAAACUAUUGGAGCGGAUGGCAGACACGGUGGUUUAUCUUGGAUGAUGGCGUGCUUGCAUACUAUAAAUCUCAAGACGAAGUUAAUCAAGGAUGUAAGGGGUCAAUGAAGGUGUCAGCGUGCGAAAUAAUAGUGAACCCCGUGGAUAACACUCGCAUGGAUCUCGUCAUACCAGGAGAACAGCAUAUCUACUUGAGAGCACCAUCAUCUCAAGAACGUCAACAGUGGCUUGUAGCAUUAGGCAGCGCUAAGGCAUGUGUCACAACUAGAAGCCGGAAGGAUUCAGCUGAUUCUAACCCUGAUACCCUUAAGACAAAGAAGUCUGAGUUAAGAUUGUACUGUGACCUGUUGAUGCAGCAAGUCCAUAUGGUUAAAACAGCAGCCAUGAAAGAGGGUGGACCAGAGGUGGAAAAAUUAGAUGAAGCAACGAGUUUACUGGGAGCAACUUGUGAUACGUUCAUCAGAACGCUAGAAGACUGCAUGAAACUCUCGAAUGCAAAUUUUACAUAUGAGCUUCCACAUCAGCAUUUGACUGACACUGCUCUUCCUCCUGUCUCCAACCAGACAAAAAGCAAGAUCAUAAAACCAGCCAUGCCUGUCAUUCGAUCAAACUCCAGUGACAAAAAAGUGUAGCUGUUUGUCUACCAAUAUUUAGAGAAUACUGUGGCUUUGAAAAAGACGUCCUAAUCUUUUGAAUGUAUUUACUCAGGACUUGAAAAAAUUUAAAUAUCAAUUUAUAUGAAAAUGUGCAACUGAAAUGUCUUUCAGUGAUGUAAAUAAAGUUAUGUUGUUAUGUAUAAGUUAGUUAAGGAACAAUUUAUAUAUUUUCAUGUUGACAGAUAGUUUACUGCAGCCUGUGUUUUCUUCAGUUCAUGCAGUUUACAUAUUUUAAUAUAUAUAAAAAAUAAUUUAUUUUCACAUUGUAAGAAAGUGUUUUCCAAACUGAGAUGCCAAAGUAGUCUACAUUUUGGAAUCUAUUUACUGAAUGGAUCGCACUUAUGUUUUUAAUAAGAAAUUUUACAAUAAAGGCAUUAAAUUUGA